AUAAUCCGUACCCUAAACCUAAUUUCAAGCACCACACCCUCUUCUCUAUUUUAAGAUUUCGAGAUAAACCCCAAACCUUCUUCACUAUUCUCUAUUUUAAGAUUUUGAGAUAAACCCUAAACCUUCUUCACUAUAUCUUCUUUCUGAUUCACUCGAAAGUUCAGUGGUCAACCAAAGAUAAAUCUAAUUGAAAACGCACGUUGGUGCCACUACUGCGCUGGUGGGUGUGGUGGGGUUCGCCGGAGAUUAAGAUCGAGGCCAGUGCACUACGUGUUAGGAAGGUUGUUGUUGUUACAAGGUGAUGAUAAACUCUUUACCCUGAUAUCUUCGUGGCAAAGUGAAAGCAAGCACCAGACCAGAGCUCACACUGUGUUAAAGGUGUUUGCAUAGAAUGGGGAAAACAGCAUACAAGAGGUUGUUGGGAAGCCAGAGCUUCCGGCAACGCCUUCUUCUUGCUACUCUCUCUUCAACUCCCAUUCUCAUUGAAGACAUUCGUGCUGAUGAGACAUGGCCAGGUCUCCGCAACCACGAGAUUUCACUUCUCCGUCUCUUCGAAACUGUCUGUGAUGAUUGCCACGUAGAAAUCAACGAAACUGGUACCAAAUUAAAGUACAAACCUGGAACUAUUAUUGGUGGCAGGCAACACAGUGCGCACGAUUGUGGCCUCUCGCGCUCCAUUGGCUAUUUUUUGGAGCCACUCAUUGUGUUGUGUUUGUUUGCUAAACAUCCCCUCACCAUUAGGCUCAAAGGAAUUACAAAUGAUUCUAAGGAUCCAUCGGUUGAUACCUUCAAGUCUACUGCUUUACCCAUAUUGAAGCGCUUUGGAGUUCCCUCUGAAGGCUUGGAGCUUAAAAUAGAGAGUCGUGGAUUACCUCCCAAUGGUGGUGGCGAAGUUAUUUUAUCACUUCCUGUUGUUCAGAGUCUAUCUGCUGUUAGUUGGAUUGAUGAAGGUUUUGUGAAGAAAAUUAGAGGAACUACCUUUUCAACCAGAGUAUCUGUUCAGUUUGAAAAUAGCAUGAUUAAAGCUACCCGUGGAAUAAUCAAUCCGCUGGUUUCUGAUGUGCACAUUUUCUCGGAUCACAGAUCAGGUCCUCAGGCUGGAAAUUCUCCUGGCUAUGGGAUUUCUCUUGUUGCGGAAACUACUUCUGGUUGCUUCAUCUCUGCAGACACUGCCGUUUCUCAUGCGAGGGAUGAUGAUACUUCUAGUCUUGCAGAUGACGCAAAAGGAGACCUGAUGCCUCCAGAGGAUAUUGGUGUGGCGACUGCCAAUGCUUUACUGGGUGAGAUAGCUCAAAGUGGAGUGGUAGAUUCAACACAUCAGGGCUUGCUAUUUCUUCUUUGUGCACUAUGCCCUCAAGAUGUUUCAAAGGUUCGCGUUGGAAAACUUUCCCAGCACGGGGUUGAAACUCUGAGAAACAUAAGGGAUUUUCUAAAUUUGAAGUUCAUUAUCAAACCAGAGCCGAAUUCACAGUCAGUUUUUCUCAAGUGUGUCGGUUAUGGCAUGAAGAACCUUUCUCGAAAGGUAUCAUAAAGUGAGUUCAACAGUCUUAUAAAUCCAAAAUACCAAGUCUGAAAGAAUUACAAUUUUGAAAGCCUGGAAAAGAUCUUAUAUAAGAUUCAAAUUAAUUUUAAAACUUUCAUCAUGUUAAGUGUUCUAUAAAAUUUGAGUCUCAAAUUAAUAUCUCCUUGUCAAUACAAUCAUUGGAUAGGAGAUGCCGUAAGAUGUUUCGAUUGUAGCAAAAGAAUGUCCUUUUUUGUUGUGUAAUCUAUCUUCUAUGAAAGCAUUCAAUCAAAUUUCUUUAGCUGUUC